GUCAGGAAUAAGGCAGCGCGGGGAGUCAGUGAGGGAAAGGGCUUGUGCCAUGUGGCGUCCGCCGUGGGCUGAGACUAAGUGUGUCUGCAGCGGCUUCAGCAACCUCGAGGCUCGUUGGCAGGUAGAAGAUGCUUCAUAUGCAUUCAUUGACUGGGUAUGAAAGUGGAGAACCCGGCUAGCCAUCCGGUGGGAGCGGAUGGAAUAUUUAACCUGGGGAGCCCUCAAGGGCAGGGUGUCAGGCAUCCAGGAAAAGAGAAGACACGUCCACCGACUGGAGAGCCUGCACCGCUACAACAGAGAGCCACGGGGGCCUUCAAGACUCAAACAGAGAGGCAAACAUGGAUCCCUUAACUGCUCACUGGAGAAUCCAAAGGCUUUGCUCAUAGCAGAGAAGCCCUGCCUCAGUUUCCUCUUCAGUGAAACCAGGGUGGAUAAGAAUGGUGCUACCUGCAGAGAUGUUGGGCUCAGAGAUGAGCCAGAUCAUGGAAGCAGAGCAUUAGCCCCUAGGGUGUGGGGUGCGUGUUUGCUGCUGUUACAGCGGUUGCAGGCCACGGGCCCAGAGCUGCUGGACCAUGGGUCAGAUGCGAGCAGCACCUGGAAGUCACACGCUUCUGCCCUCCCCAGCACACCCCCAACUAUGACACAGUGCCCCGCGUGCCCCGGAAACCUGAUGGAUCUUUUCACGUGCCUGAAAGGCUCACCUCGCUCCCAGGGAAAAAUUGUGAGCCAGGAGAAAUGUUUUUGUGUUUUGUCACUGAGGCGUCCUCCAGAAAUGAGCUGCCCUGCUGGCUCCCCAGGGACUGCGUCCCGCCAGCCAGAUCACCCGGCUACUGCGGUCCCUUUGUGCAAGGGCCCUGGGCCCAGAGCCCAGCAGGAGUCUGAGAAGCUGUGCAGCCAUAGACCAGGCUUGGAAGGAAAAGAGCUGGGAGAAUGUUUUAGGCUCAUUUUGGUUUCAAAAGAGAGCUGCACAAAUUGCCCUCAGGAGACCAGGUGGAGGGUCCUUCCGGGGAUGUGUGUUCACUCUUGCCACAGCUGGAGGAAGCAGGCCCUGAGUCUUGCACUGCAAAGUGAUGAGAAGGAAGCCCUGGUUAUGCUGGACUUGAAGACAUGCCUGCCGGAAGGGCCAUCAGAGUACUUCUGCAUAAACAACAGGAUCUGACUCCAGGUCUCCCAGGACGGAAGGGGCACUUGCAGGCCCAUGUGCUCAAUGGCAGGACACUAAGAAAAACUCUCAUACCUGUGUACAAAGAGACAGGCACAAGGAUGUUUACUGCAGUAACAUAAGAGGGCAAAAAAUGGAAACACCUAAAUGUCAUCAACAGGUGAGUAGCUGGAUUACUUCAUUACUUCAGUGGGUCGAUUUCUCCAAGAAGUGUCAGACCUCUCACGCUGCUCCUCAGGAGGCGCAGAUCUGGGUACAUUUGGACACUCUUCUUCAUCUUUUCUGCACCGCCCUCAGGUUCAAGUGCUUCUCCUGCCUCAGCCUCCGAAGUCGCUGGGACCACAGGCACAAGCCACCACGCCUGGCGAAUUUUUGUAUUCUUAGUGGAGACAGCCCCUACUGCUUCUUUACAUUGUUCUCAUCAGGCAUUGCAUGAGGAUGAAUCACCUCCACACAUCCUGCACGUCCACCCCACUGCCCAGCUGCUUGUUGCACACUCCAGAGAGAUGGAGUCUCACUCUGUCACCCAAGUAGGAGUGCAGUGGCAUGAUCUCGGCUCACUGC